AUGCUUCCUGGAAAAGCAAUCGCAAACCCAAAGGACAACGAGGACGUUGCGAUUCAAGAGGAGGAGGAGUCAGUCGACAUUGAAGCUGAGGAGAGAGUUGAGAAAGAAUCAGUAGAACCAGAGCCUGAGAAGCAGAGAGGACAGCGCACCAGAGCCGUCAAAAGGAAACAAGAAGAGGAGGGAAACUCUUUUUGUUCCUCCACCAUUCAAACCAAUGCUACCUUUUCCAACACGUUUCAAGAAACAAAUGGCAGAGAAAUGCAGAAAGUUUUGAUCAGCAACUAUCUGAGAUCAAUUGAAGAUCCCUUUGUAGAUGCUCUCAUGAUGAUCAAGCCUUAUCAGAAAUUUUUGAAAGAUGCCAUUUUGGAGAGAACCAAGGAAGUGCAAGGCAUGGUGGUAUUGUCUCAAGAGUGUAGUGCUAUAAUUCAAAGCAAGACAGUAACAAAGAAGCUUGGUGAUCCUGGAAGCUUCACUCUCCCUGUUCCUUGGACCAUUAGCUUUCAAGAAGAUUUGUGUGAUUUGGGAGCAAGUGUAAGCAUAAUGCCUUUGACUGUGGCAAGGCGUUUGGGUUUUGAGAAAUACAAGGAGUGCAUUUCUCUCUGA